AUGUACCAUAAUUAUAAACCAAAUUAUUCAAGACCAAGGCUUCAAUUUAUCGAAGAUGAGAUUAAAAUCAAUAUAUUUAAACACGUAGAUCACCCUUUUAAUCUGGCUCUUACUUGUAAGAACUGGAACGCUAUUGCCAAGGAUCCAUAUGCCAAAACAGAAUGGCUUUUAUCCCGUACAGGAAGGACCCAUGCUCUAUUUUAUGCCGUAAGAUUGGGACCUAGCUUUCUAGAUACCGCAGUAUGUCAAAAUUUACUUACAAGGAAGGUUAUCAUUUCAAGAUAUUUCGUACAAAGGCUUUUAAUGCAUUAUGGAAAGUAUGAUAGACAAUUGAUAGAUCUCAAAAUCGAACACAACGUCAAUCAACUUGAUGCUGAUAGAGUAUUCGCAUUUCAACAAAAAAUUAAAUCCCCAUGGGCCAGCAAUUUAUCUUUACCCGUAUUCCUUUAUUUAUUAAAUGAGGGAUCUAAUCAAUUAGGAGAUUCUGUUCCUUUGAAAGGAAAUGACAUGGAACUAUUUCAUUUUUUAUCUGCUGGACCUCGCGUCAUUGCUCAAGCUCCUGGUGUGUUGCUUAAGAAUUUAAAAGCCAUCGAAGAUUUGAUUUUGAAUCAAAAGUUCAUUCCAUUUCCACCCCGACCAAAAUCGCUUCAGUUAGAUUCAAAUAAUGAUCCUCACGAUCAUCAACAACCACCCCCGGAAGAGUACCCUCCCAAGGAUGGUUAUGAAAAUAGUAGACAAUUAAACGUAAUCGCGAGGGCAAUACUUAUUCACCCCGAUUUGGUGAUUUUAUGGAAACAAAUCGGUUAUUAUGAAAUAUGUGAUGAUGUCAAUGACUUGGUUUUACAGGGAGCAUUACUUAUCCUCUUUCCACCUACUCCUCCGCCUGAUUGGACUUGCCCAAGUGAUUCUGAUGUAGUUAAACGUAUUAGAGAUCUUAUUGGUUUGGGAUUCAAGUUAAAGUAUAGUGUUAUCGUUGACGCACUUCAUAUGUUUGAAGAUCGAUUGAACGAAAUUGGGAAUUUACUUUGGGAUGUUUUUCGCACCAUUCGAUCCGAUGAAUCAAUCGAUAUUCUCGGGUAUGAAUUUUUCCGGGAAGCAUUAAAACCAGAAAGGAAUUUAAAGAAAGAUCACUUAUUGAACUUUCUUAAAUCAAAAUUUGAUUAUCAUGAAGAAGUUGUUACAUCAGUUGUGAAGAAAUACUUUGAAGAAGAAAAGAUGAACGAUAUGGAAUCAAGAAGAAAGUCUUUGAUCUUUUCUCCAAAAGUUUAUAAAUACAUACUUGAUACUUACGGAAUAGAAUCAGAAUUGACCUUGGAGUGUUUUAAAGAUAUUUCGGCCUUGAGAGCUUACAUUGAUACUCCACGUAAUUCAGAAGAUGACAAGAUGUCAACUUUCACACAAAAUUCGAUCAUAACAACUUUUAAUUUAUACGUUAAAGAGAUAGAAAAUCCGAACCAGAACAUACGAAUUCAUAACGAAACGACAAAUUUUGAUGUGCUAUCAACUUUUAAAAUGGAUUCUAUAAAUGAUUUAAGAAUUGACAGCUGA